AUUAAAUUAUCUGGCCGCUGGUUUAACCCCGACCUGGUAUCACGCGACCAAUAUUGCCCUUCACGCGGCGGCCUGCAUUCUCGUCACGAGGGUCAGUCUUGCCGUGGCGUCCCUGCGUCCUGGAUUCGCAGCCCUUACGGGACUCCUAUUCGCCACUCAUCCAGUACACACCGAGGCGGUCACAGGAAUCGUUGGCAGAGCCGAUGUGCUGGCCUGCAUAUUUUUCCUAUUAUCAUUCCUGGCUUAUCACGGCCAACAGACUGCGUACCUUUGGAGCAGCGUCUGCUUGGGUGCAUUGUCGAUGUUGGCCAAGGAGACUGGAGUUAUGGUUUUACUGUUGAAUCUACUUUACGACUUAUGCAGGUCCUGGCAUUCGAUCAAGAGAUCCAUUUUCGAGGCUCGCUGGAACGACGAAUCCAGACACUUUUCACGUCGCGCCGCAGCCCUUCUGGUCUCGCUCGGUGUUCUACUUGUGGUCAGAUUAGCCCUUCUUCACGGAGCCUUACCGAAAUUCUCGCCACAGGACAAUCCAGCCGCCUUUCAUCCCUGUCUCCACGUUCGGUUGCUGACAUUCUGCUACCUGGCUGCUCUAAAUUGCUGGUUGCUCCUGUGCCCAGCCACCCUGUCCCACGAUUGGCAGAUGGGCUCCGUACCCCUGGUGGCUUCACUGGCAGAUACAAGAAAUUUGGCAACCUGCCUCUUCUUCGGGGGUUGCCUGGUCCUGACCUACAAGGCAUUUACGGAUUUCGAGCAACAGAGACAUCCGCCCCUCGUCCUCGGUUGGAUGUUCCUGGUCCUACCUUUUCUACCAGCAUCGAAUCUCUUCGUUACUGUUGGUUUCGUGGUGGCAGAACGUGUCCUGUAUAUACCCAGCAUUGGCUGGACGUUGCUGGUAGUUUAUGGGGCUCAGGUGACCUGGACUGCUGUACCACGACGUAGGAGUCUCAUCACUGCAGGGGUCGUCUCACUCCUGGUGUUUGGAUGCUGUCGGACCGUUCUUCGAAAUCGGGAUUGGACGUCACGGGAAACUUUGCUCAGAGCUGGUCUGAGGUCUCUGCCACACAACGCUAAGAUGCAUUACAACUUUGCGAACUUCCUCAGGGACACCUCACAACCCAACCGAGCCAUAUUGCAUUACCAGCUUGCACUUUGGCUUUGGCCCUCUUACGCAAGCGCCCACAACAAUUUGGGAACUUUGACCGUCGGGGAUCAGGCCGAGCAACACUUUUUGGCUGCGAUCCAUGCCCAACCUGGUCACGUGAACGCGCAUUACAAUCUGGGCCAGUUGUACAGAAAGACAAAUCGCACCGAGGAAUGUAUCAAGAUGCUUCAGAAGUGCGUGUCCCUGGAUCCCGCAUAUACGCCUGCCUAUCUGGUCCUGGCCAGGCUGGCGACUGGCUCUGGGACUGGAGCUUUAUUGAGACACGUAGUCCGACUACAACCCCGAAGUCCGGAUCACCUAGCGGAAUACGCCUCGUGGCUUUAUGGGAACGGUAAAUGGCUUCCAUCCCUCAAGCAUUACCUGAAGGGUAUGGAAGUCUCGCCGUCGCACCGAGCAUCCCUUCUUGGCACAGCCAGGAUCCUGAGGUCGAGAGGUCAAUGGCCAAGAGUUCACCAGCUGAUCACUAGGUGGCACCUUAUGAUGCGUGCACGACGGGGUGGAUUUAUUUAUCGUGGUGACCUAUAUAUACGGGCCUGGCAGCUUCAGAGCGAAUCACGACGCAGGGCGCAUCAACGAAACCUGUGUUUGUCGGAAACCGGUUGCUCGACGCCACGAGUGGCCAGCGUGUCCGUGCAGCUGGAACAGGACAGUAACAAAUCGGAACAGCUGGAAAGGGCGCCUCGGUGCAGCGUGCGGAGCUGCCGCCAGCCAAGAAAGGGCAAGACCAGAGUGACGGCGCCAGCCCUGCUGGUCCAGAAUCUCCUGGAGACGCUCUAGUCGAACGACAUCGGGCAUCGCGCCCGGCUGGCAGGAUUCAAGGGGGAACGAAUCGAGCGAGAAGGGGAAACCGGAAGCGGAUUCAAGAGAAGCUUAAUGAUAAUGAUAAGAGUGCGGUAGGCUUUUAUAUCGGUCCGAGGUACCGCGGAGAGGGUGCGAAUUCUCUUUUCGUUGCUCGAGAAAAAGAGAAAUAGAAUUUAAGGGUGUGUCUUGUUCCGAAGGUAAUUUUUUGUUACACUUUUUUUUUUCUUUCACGACCUAUGCUGUCCCAAUUGACGUUUGUAACGUUGCGCAAAAUUAAUGUAUGGUACUGGAGGUAUUUUCAAAAACGAAAAAAAAAAAAAAGAGUGCAAAGCGCCCCCAAUAACUUUGCGUUUAUUUUAAAUAUUGUUUAUACGUCCUCACGGUGAGCUUUGAUUUGCGCGCGCAAGGCAACCGGAAGUAAUGAAAAUACACCUACCAGUGCGUAUUUCGGUGUGUACAUAUAUGUGCGUUAGAUUAGAGUUAAAGGGGUGGAUCCUUAAAGUCUCAUAUAUAUAUAUAUAUAUAGUGUAGGGUAAAAGGUCGAGAGGAUUUGUCUUCUCUCUCUUUUACUCGUUCCUCCUUCUUAUACGGAAUAAAAGAGGGGCUGAGGAUAUAAGGGUAGAGGGUUGGCUCAGGGGUGCUUGCGUGGCAUCGUAAGGAUCUCCCCCUCUUAUUUGAUUCGAAUUUCCCACUAGAAAGUCCUCUAGCGUUUUCGGCAGUAAGGGUACACAGGAAAAGAGAGCGGACCAAGGUCGAGAGUUUUCUUGAGUUUUUUCGUUUUUCGUAUCGUCACUGUGUGAACGGUACUUUAAUAUGGCCGACAAUUUAGCUAGGAUGGCGUGCGUGAUGACGUCGAUGAAGCGGACGAAUCAAAAGAAAGAAUGUGGGUUUUAAGGGUUAAGGGUUGACGAUUUGAUAAAUGUUAUUCGAAGGGUGCGUGAUUGAAGAAAAAGAAAAAAAGAAAAAAAGAUAAUUAAAGGGUCCUGUAAAUAUUCACUAUUAUCUUUAUAUGCCCCAGUAAACUCGGCAAAUCUUCAAUUACGUUAAACUGCCGGCUGAAAGUGGCCGAGCGACGGUACGUUGAUGCUCGACGCUUUUUCUUUUUUACCGCGUACGAUUGGAUCAUUGCGUCGGGUUUUCUUUUUAUUCUAUUCCUUGCUCUUCUUUAUCUUCUUUUUUUUAAUACGUAACAAACAUAUCCUCACUUUUAAUGAAAAGUCGCGACGGAUCAUUCGAGCACUACGGGUCGUUCCUCCUUUGCUUUGGUGUAUGUAUCGGAUAUUAUUUUAUAUACGUAGUUUAAUUAAGAAUCAUAAUAAAAGAAGAUUGCUCUUUCUCUUUUUUUCAAGAUCUAAGAGAAAAAAAGAAAACCUUGUCGUACCAUCCCCGGAUCAGAUAUACCUAUUAAAUAUUGAACCGUGUAAAUAUAUUUUUCCUAUUAAACGGAAAGCAACAUAGCUCACUAUACUUAUAUAUUAAUAUUAUUAUAUAUAUAUAUAUAUUCAGGGUUUUAUCCAGCUGGAUUUAACAGCUGUUUCUCGAUCGAUUGGAACUGGAUAACACGCUGCACGUGUAUGUGUAUAUAUAUAGACAUGGCCGAAAAACGUCGCGGAUACAGAAAAACGCAAUUAUUUUUUUCGUCAAAAAAAAAAAAGGUUGCCCUGAGCGACAAUGAUAACUGAUCUCGAAUCCGCGCGUUUCUCAUAUAAUUAGCUUAUAAUUAAUUGAUAGGACUUUGUCGAUAAUGAAAUGGUAGAUAUACACGGUGCCAAGGUAAAUGAGAACUCUAUUAAGAAUUUUUUGUACAAAAGCACGGAGGUAACGACGAAGGCGCGACGACGCUGGUAAAGGACGCCGGGCGUCGUUCGGUUAACCUUAAACGGUCGGGUGGGGGGUACGACGAAUGUUCCCAACUAAAGAAGAGCAUAAAGAAAAGUAUACCUAAAAAAAAUAAGGAGAGAGAGAGUUUGUUGUACCAGGGGAGUGAAGUGGGAGUGGGAAAAUAAAAAUUUGAGAAUUUCUUCGGUUAGUCAUUAUUUCUCGUAGAAAACUGAUGAACGUGAGGAGACGGGAUGAUUGGGAAAAAAAAAAGAAAAAAAAAUACGUCUCGAAAUUAAAGAAAAAUUGAACUCGCGGAUGUAAAUUCUUGCGAAAUAAGGAAACGGGGGGAAACGUGAGAAACGAAGGGAAAGGAAGUGGGACGUAAGAAAAGAGUGGGAGUCGAGGAAGUUGAAGCUCUGGUGAGUUUUACUUGGUCGAAGGUUUCAAUUUAGCCUCUUCCUAUGCAUAUUGAGCAGCCACUCGGUGGUAGCCACGAAAACUUAAGCUCGUUCAAACUCACCGGUCCUCCUCUUCUGAACCUUCUACCUUCAACCUUCGCGAGGUACCUCACGUUAAACUUCUAACGAGGUUUUAUUGAAUUGACUAACUAGUCGCGAUCACGUGGUCGGUUCUUCGCAGACGAAAUUAAAAGGUAUCUUAACCCGCCUACCUUCUUACCUUCAACCUAACUUAACGCUAGCUGUAUAAGAGGAUUGCGAUGGAGAAAAUUAGGUUGUAGGACAUUCUGCUGGCUGGCACGUGGUUCAAAAUUGAAAACGAACCUGUACCUUUAUUCUACCUACCUUGCCCUGCACACCCUGUAUAACCACCUCAACCUUCCACCUUCCUAACCUUCCGUUACGCAUCGAGUUCGCAUCCAAUAAUGUUAUUUGACAGAAUUUAAUAAAGCGAACUGACGGCUGGGUCAAAGUGGUCCAAGGAUGAUUGGGAUGGGGCAAGCCUCUAAGAUAGCCGAAGGUUGAAGGUAGAAGGUCGAAAGUUUCGAAGAGGGAGAAAGCAAUGUGGACGCUUAAGUUAGUUUGCGUUUAAAGGGGCUUGCUGGAGAAGGGUGACGGAGAAAAAAGGAAAUACGUCACGGGUCCGGAUGCUGCAACUGCAACAGGAUUAGUUAACUUGGCAAAUACAAUUUCGACGCGAGCAAAGAUAUUUACCUAGACGGAUGAAAGUUCUCGAAAGGAUAUCCAGGAGGGAUAUACGUUCCUCCAGAAUUACGGGCACCCUCGAGGCACGGAGUCCUCGCUGAAUUAACCGGGCUUGUCUUCGCUCGCGAAUAUUGACUUUCGCCUCGUACAUUCUUCCCUCUUUCUCCUUCCCUUUGUUUUCGCGUACCGUAACGCCGCGGGGAAACGUCAUCGAAACUUUGGGAUUCUAUGUAAACGCGUACGAGCACUUGGAAACGAGUUUUCGAAUUUGCGAACUAUUGAUAAGCUGGUGUACGUAGUAUAUAUUCGCAAUUCUCCGAGCCUAAAGUCAUUUUAGUAUCACGUGUCCUAGCAGCGGCCAUUGCUCUUAUUUACUUUUAAUCCACGUGCAGAACUAACGGACUAUGUCCCGCGAAGGUAGAAGUAGAAGUAGAAGGUGGACUAUGUCCCGCGAACGUCCCCUGAACGUUAACGUCGCCCGGAUUCAUCUCAUAGUACUUCCUAUCGGUCUGCGCGACAGGUACAGUGCUAAGGGUAGUUUUCGAUUCGGGUAAAAUCGUUAUCGAUCGAUUUUCGGAUAUUCGUAGCAUUUCAAUAUUUCGCCUCGUUUCCAGUGCCCACGAAAUUUCCCAUUUUUCUCCUUCUCUCUGUAUUGCCGGUCUUUUUAUUUUUCGCUACUUAGUCUUUUUUUCUUUUGAAACCCCUUUUUUUAUUUUAGUCUUCGUAAGUCUAAAAGGGUAGACGGAAGAAUUCCUGCGGGAAUUGCUGAGCUAUGCUGCUUGAUAAAUUAAAUUUGGCGACCGUAGCGAAUUCAUGGUACACGAUUCAUUGCGAAUUAAAGUCCUUGCGUGGAAGUAGGUAAAGCCGAAGGAGGUCAGACAUGACGACUCGAGUGACGAAUGCGAGUACUGGUUUUAAAAUAAAUCGGCCAAGCCAGCGAGUAGUGCAGCUUUUUAGUAUCUCCGUCUAGUGAGGAUAUUUUAUCUCUUUUUUCAAGGAGACUUCAGUGGUUUAUUUACAGAACGAAAGGGCGCGCUCUACUUGGCGCGUCAAAGGGCGAAAGGGUUAGGGUCGUCGCGGUCUUUUGGAAUAUCCAAAAUUAUACAUAUGUUACCACCUAUGAUUAGUGACAAAACUUGAUUAGCAUAUAGCUAAUAUUAUGUAGACCAGUUUGUACAUUUAAUUACGUUAACGUUAUGGCCCAUACUCAUUGUGAAUACAACAAUUAUUAUAAAUUAUUAUAAUAAAAUGUAUGUUUCUAUAUA